AUGGCAGUAAUGGAUGCUCAGGAGGACCCGGAGGACCUCGAGGGGCUGGCCCAGCCAUCUGAGUGGGUCCUGCCCAUGUCAGCCUCGGAAGUGGCCACGCAGACCUGGACGGUGAACUCAGAGGCGUCUGUGGAGCGGCUGCAGCCACUGCUGUCCCCCAUCCGGACCAGGCCCUACCUGUGUGAGCUGCUGGACGAGGUGGCUGCAGGGGUGGCCAGCCCGGACGAGGAUGAGGACGAAGAGCCGGCCGUGUUCCCGUGCAUCGAGUGCAGCAUCUACUUCAAGCAGAAAGAGCACCUCCUGGAGCACAUGAGCCAGCACCGCCGAGCCCCAGGCCAGGAGCCACCCGCUGACUUGGCCCCACUGGCCUGCAGCGAGUGUGGCUGGGCCUUCGCUGACCCUGCUGCACUCGAGCAGCACCGGCAGCUGCACCAGGCCUCCAGGAAGAAGAUCAUUGAGGAGAUUCAGAAGCUGAAGCAAGUUCCAGGUGACGAGGGCCGGGAGGCACGGCUGCAGUGCCCUGAGUGUGUCUUUGGCACCAAUUCCUCCCGAGCCUUCGUGCAGCAUGCCAAGCUGCAUGUGCGUGAGCCACUGGGCCAGGCAGUCAAGGAGCCUUUUGGGGGCGGCAGUGGGGCUGGCAGCCCAGGCCCUGAUGCCAGCACCCUCAUCUAUCAGCCCUACGGAGCCGCCUCGGGCCUCAGUGCCUGCCUCUUCUGUGGCUUCCCUGCACCCAGCGAGAGCCUGCUCAGGGAGCACGUGAGACUUGUGCAUGCCCAUCCCCACUGGGAGGAAGAUGGUGAGGCUUUCGAGGAAGACCCAGCCAGCCAGCCGGGCACCAGCCAGGAUGCCUACGCCUGCUUCCCUGACGCCGCUGUGGAUUACUUUGGCAAAGCUGAGCCACUCUUGGCCCCCACGUGGCAGGAGAACCCUGCUGGAUACAACCUUGGCCUAGCCUUUGGCCCAGGCUGCCAGCAGCUGGGCAUGAGGGAUUUCCCCCCAUCAAAGCCACUCCCGCAUGGCUCGGGCCAGAGGCCUCUCAGAAGGCUGGCCUUUCCCUCACCACUAGCCUCCGCCCCGUACUCCUUACAGCUCAGCAGAAACAAAAGCAUCGUCCACCCGCAGGCCCUGGGGGACCAGAGGCGCCCUUGGAGCGAAGAGGAGGACGAUGACAAUGACGUGGAUGUAGCACUGACCUCCGAAAUGGAUUUUUCCCCUGAAAAUGGGAUCUUUCCACUCCCAGCUGCCCCCAGCCUCAUCCCACAGCCGGCCCUAGAGCUAAAGCGGACUUUCCGAGAAGCCCUGCAGGCCACUGAGGCCUCACAGGCACAGCAGCAGCAGCUCCGAGGGAUGGUGCCCAUAGUGCUUGUGGUGAAACUUGGGCCACAGGUCAUGGCAGCGGCGGCCAGGGUACCCCCGAGGCUGCAGCCGGAGGAGCUGGGGCUGGGGGGUGCCCACCCCCUGGACUUCCUGCUCCUGGACACACUCCUGGAUGGGGACCCGGCCAUGGCACUGAAGCACGAGGAGCGGAAAUGCCCCUACUGCCCAGAUCGCUUCCACAAUGGUAUCGGCUUGGCCAACCACGUGCGGGGCCACCUGAACCGUGUGGGCGUCAGCUACAAUGUGCGGCAUUUCAUCUCUGCUGAGGAGGUGAAGGCCAUCGAGCGCAGGUUCUCCUUCCAGAAGAAGAAGAAAAAAGUGGCGAACUUCGACCCAGGCACCUUCAGCCUGAUGCGCUGUGACUUCUGCGGGGCCGGGUUCGACACACGGGCGGGCCUCUCCAGCCAUGCCCGGGCCCAUUUGCGUGACUUCGGCAUCACCAACUGGGAGCUCACCGUCUCACCCAUCAACAUCCUGCAGGAGCUGCUGGCCACCUCAGCCGCUGAGCGGCCUCCCAGCCCCCUGGGCCACGAGCCUGGGGGUCCAACUGGCAGCUUCCUGACCUCCCGCCGGCCCCGCUUACCUCUCACAGUACCCUUCCCACCCACCUGGGCUGAGGACCCUGGGCCGGCCUACGGAGAUGCUCAGAGCCUGACCACCUGCGAGGUCUGCGGUGCCUGCUUUGAAACCCGCAAGGGCCUGUCAAGCCACGCGCGCUCCCACCUGCGGCAGCUGGGGGUGGCGGAGUCGGAGAGCAGCGGCGCGCCCAUCGACCUCUUGUAUGAGCUCGUGAAGCAGAAGGGCCUGCCUGAUGCCCCCCUUGGGCUGCCCCCAGCCCUGGCUAAGAAGUCCAGCUCGCUGAAGGAGGUGGUUGCUGGGUCCCCCCGGCCCAGCCUGCUCACCCUGGCCAAGCCUCUGGAUGCCCCUGCUGUCAACAAAGCCAUCAAGUCGCCCCCCAGCUUCUCGGCCAAGGGCCUGGCCCACCCACCCAGCUCUCCACUCCUCAAGAAGGCACCGCUGGCCCUGGGGGGCUCCCCUACCCCCAAGAAUCCUGAGGACAAGAGCCCCCAGCUGUCCCUGAGCCCCCGGCCAGCCUCCCCAAAGGCACAGUGGCCUCAGUCUGAAGACGAGGGGCCCCUGAACCUCACUUUAGAUAGUGACGGGGGCAGAGAGCUGGACUGCCAGCUGUGUGGUGCCUGGUUUGAGACCCGCAAGGGCCUGUCCAGCCAUGCGCGCGCCCACCUGCGCCACCUGGGCGUCAGCGACCCGGACGCCAAGGGAUCCCCCAUAGACGUGCUCCACGGGCUCAUCAGGAGGGACGGCGUCCAGAUCCGCCUCCCACCCGAGCGCAGCGCCCUGGCCCACCUGGGGCGGCCUCCUCCCGCCUCCGCGGCCCUCUCCUUGCUCCCCCCCCCACCGCCGGCCAAGAAGGCCAAGCUGAAGGCCGCGGGUACGGCCAGCCCCUGGGGGAAGCAGGACCUCUCGGCCGCCGCAGCCGCCGGCAUUUUCUGGGCCUCUGAUGUGGAGCCGUCUCCUCUCAACCUCUCCUCAGGCCCAGAGCCAGCGCGAGACAUCCGCUGUGAGUUCUGCGGUGAGUUCUUCGAGAACCGCAAAGGCCUGUCGAGCCAUGCACGCUCCCACUUGCGGCAAAUGGGUGUGACCGAGUGGUACGUCAAUGGCUCACCCAUUGACACGCUUCGGGAGAUCCUGAAGAGACGGACCCAGUCUCGGCCAGGUGGACCCCCCAACCCACCAGGGCCUAGCCCAAAAGCCCUGGCCAAGGUGGUGGGCAGCGGAGGUCCUGGCAGCUCGCUGGAAGCCCGCAGCCCCUCGGACCUUCACAUCUCACCCCUGACCAAGAAGUUGCCACUGCCACCAGGCAGCCCCCUGGGCCACUCACCAACUGCCUCUCCUCCCACGGCCCGGAAGAUGUUCUCGGCCCUGGCUGCACCCUCCCUGCCCAAGAAGCUGAAGCCUGAACAAAUGCGGGUGGAGAUCAAGAGGGAGAUGCUGCCGGGGGCCCUUCAUGGGGAGCCACACCCAUCUGAGGGUCCCUGGGGGGCACCGCGGGAAGACAUGACACCCCUGAACCUGUCGUCCCGGGCAGAGCCGGUGCGCGACAUCCGCUGUGAGUUCUGCGGUGAGUUCUUCGAGAACCGCAAGGGCCUCUCCAGCCAUGCACGUUCCCAUCUGCGGCAGAUGGGCGUGACCGAGUGGUCCGUCAACGGCUCACCCAUUGACACACUGCGGGAGAUCCUCAAGAAGAAGUCCAAGCCGUGCCUCAUCAAGAAGGAGCCUCCGGCCGGAGACCUAGCCCCCGCCUUGGCCGAGGAUGGGCCCCCCACAAUGGCCCCUGGGCCCGUGCAGUCCCCACUGCCGCUGUCACCCCUGGCUGGCCGGCCAGGCAAACCAGGAGCUGGGCCGGCCCAGGUACCGCGAGAGCUCAGCCUGACGCCCAUCGCUGGAGCCAAGCCCUCGGCCACUGGCUACCUGGGCUCAGUGGCAGCCAAGCGGCCCCUGCAGGAGGACCGCCUCCUUCCAGCAGAGGUUAAGGCCAAGACCUACAUCCAGACUGAACUGCCCUUCAAGGCAAAGACCCUCCAUGAAAAGACAUCCCACUCCUCUACUGAGGCCUGUUGCGAGCUAUGUGGCCUUUACUUUGAAAACCGCAAGGCCCUGGCCAGCCACGCACGGGCACACCUGCGGCAGUUCGGCGUGACAGAGUGGUGUGUGAAUGGCUCACCCAUCGAGACGCUGAGUGAGUGGAUAAAGCACCGGCCCCAGAAGGUGGGCGCCUACCGCAGCUACAUUCAGGGCGGCCGCCCCUUCACCAAGAAGUUCCGCAAUGCUGGCCAUGGCCGCGACAGUGACAAGCGGCCGCCCCUGGGGCUGGCACCUGGGGGCCUGGCUGUGGUUGGCCGCAGUGCUGGGGGGGAACCAGGGCCUGAGGCCAGCCGGGCAGCUGACAGUGGGGAGCGGCCUCUGGCAGCCAGCCCACCAGGCACUGUGAAGGCCGAGGAGCACCAGCGGCAGAACAUCAACAAAUUUGAACGCCGACAAGCCCGCCCUCCUGAUGCCUCUACAGCCCGGGGGGGCGAAGAGGCCAAUGACCUGCAGCAGAAGCUGGAGGAGGUGCGGCAACCCCCACCGAGGGUCCGGCCAGUCCCCUCUCUUGUGCCUCGGCCCCCCCAGACAUCACUCGUCAAGUUCGUCGGUAACAUCUACACCCUGAAAUGCAGGUUCUGUGAGGUGGAAUUCCAGGGCCCCCUCUCCAUCCAGGAAGAGUGGGUGCGGCACUUACAGCGACACAUUCUGGAGAUGAAUUUCUCCAAAGCAGACCCCCCGACUGAGGAGCCCCAAGCCCCACAGGCACAGACAGCAGCGGCAGCAGAGGCUCUCUAACACAGAAGCAUUCCAGAUCCCCCUUUGUGCCACCUCUCUCUCCUCCUUUUCCUCCUCUGUGUCCUCUUCCCUCUCCCUCUUUCUUUUCCGUUUCCAAAGGAGCAAGCCAAAACCUCAAACCGGCACCCCUUGGGGGCCGGGCACACUACAGCCGGGGCGCCGGGAGCCAGCUAGCCACCCUUCCCCCAGCUGAGGACUCUGGGGCCACAGGGUGUCUUCCUUCAGCCCAUGCCUACCUGGUCCAGCAGGGCCAGUAGCCAAGUCUCUGGUCUCUGGUCGUGAUCUGGUCACAGGGGAGAACAGAACUCCUCCAACUCUAGCAGCCAGGCAGGGCUAUGUCUGCCAUCCAUGGCCAUUUGCAAAGACCCCAAAGACCCCUUUUCUGGUUCCCUCUUGCCUCCAUGAAUAUCCUCUCACACGCACGUACACGUGAACACACACACGCAGCUCGUGAGACCCGGGGUCUGUCCCAGCCCCCCAGUUCCCGAGUCGAACGACCACUUCAUGCCACGGUGCUUGCUCAGGGGAGCCAUGCUCCCUCUGCGGCCUGCAGGGGCCUGGGAGCCCCCACUGAGCCCACAACGCCACGGACAUCCUUGUUGGCUGCCCCCCAGAGGGGCCUUCCCAGCUGGGAAGAGCUCAGAGCUGACAGCUGCCUCCUGCCAUGUCAAGGUCCCCCAGAGCCUCGGGGGCUCCGGGGCCUGGGAGGGUGGGGUUGCGGGUGGGAGUCUCCUCCCCCACUCCUCCCACCUCCCCCUUUUCACUGUUGCUUUCUAUGUAUAGCUCCCUAGACCUUUCACUUUUCUAAAAACGCGUUUUGUGUAGAGACUAAGGAACGUGGAUCUUUUUAUUUUGCAAUUCUGGGCCAGCUAGAAACUGGGAGCUGAUUGACCUUUUAACUUUUUUCAGUGGCCACAUUUUGGUUAUUGAUGUACCUAGAAGUAUGUAAAUUAGAUUAAAUUUCUUUUCUGGAAACACCCCGGGGCAGGCGGCCAGCGUGUGUUUUUCUGUCGAGUGGACAGGCUGGCAUUGGCUGGCAGCUGGGGCUGGGAUCAGGGCCUCCUCCACCUGGAGGCCCUGGGUUUUCCUGUUGGCUGCCACGCCAACUAAAUGCAGCUGGGGAUGAGCCCAAGUUCCCAUCUGUUGUCCCUCAAUGCCAUGGCUGGUGGGGGUCUCUGGCUGACUGGUGAAGUUGCUCCUGUGAGCAGAGCAACCAGGGCUCUGGGCCGCUGGUCUGGGAAGGGAGCCAGGAUCAAGAAGCAAUUGAGGAUAGAAAGGCUUUCCAAGAGCAGGAGCUGUCCAGCGAGGGUGUGGGGGGAGGGAGAAACAUACUGGGAGCACUUGGGGGGCCAGUGAGGGUGCAGAAAGCUGGGACUUGCCUGCCUUCAAGACAUGUGACUUCUAUGGAGACACAUGCACCCCAAACCCUAGUAACAUGAGGGGUAAAAAGGAGCCACUGACUCCUUUGCAAUGCUAUUUAUUUUCUCACUCUGCAAAUGUUUAUUGAACAUUCCUGAAAUUUUAAAGAGAGUUUGUUGGCUGCUC